CGCUGAGGGACCGCCGGCCCCUCAGCGCCGCUGCUUAGGCCCGGACUGCGCCACCGCCGCCCCUUUUCCUCUUUCCUCGCCGGUGCAGGGCCUGCGGGAUGUACAUUUUAAAGAUCCUGUGAAGAUGAAAAGGGAUAUCUUAUGGUUUUACAGAAUAUAAAGCAAUACUGUCUGACAUGACGGCAAAAAAUGUUGGUGUGACUUCCACAAAUGGAGACUUGAAAGGAUUUAUAGAUCAGAACCAGAGUCCAACAAAAGGUAACAUUUCAAUAAUCACAUUGCCAGUUUCCAGCACCAACUCUCCAACAAAGAUUUUGCCAAAAACCUUAGGACCAAUCAAUGUGAAUGUUGGGCCCCAAAUGAUCAUAAGCACAUCGCAAAGACUGACCAAUUCAGGGAGUGUUCUCAUUGGGAGUCCAUAUAACCCAGCUCCAGCAAUGGUUACACAGGCACACAUAACGGAAGCUUCUGGCUGGGUCCCAGGGGACAGAAAGCGGACCCAAGAAUUUAUAGAGUCAGAUUUUUCAGAAAGUAAGAGAAGCAAAAAAGGAGAUAAAAAUGGGAAGGGUCUGAGGCAUUUUUCAAUGAAAGUAUGUGAAAAAGUUCAACGUAAAGGAACAACUUCGUACAAUGAAGUUGCUGAUGAACUGGUUUUGGAAUUCACAAACUCUAAUAGCCACCUAGCCACAGACUCGCAGGCUUAUGAUCAGAAAAAUAUUAGGCGGAGAGUUUAUGAUGCCCUCAAUGUCCUGAUGGCAAUGAACAUAAUUUCAAAAGAGAAGAAGGAAAUCAGAUGGAUUGGCCUUCCCACAAACUCAGCUCAGGAAUGUCAGAAUCUAGAGAUAGAAAAACAGAAGCGGAUUGAAAGGAUAAAACAGAAGCGAGCCCAGCUACAAGAACUGCUGCUGCAGCAAAUAGCAUUCAAAAACUUGGUACAAAGAAAUCAGCAAAAUGAACAACGAAAUCAAGGCCCUCCAGCUUUGAACUCCAUAAUACAGCUGCCUUUCUUAAUAGUCAACACUAGCAAAAGAACAGUUAUAGACUGCAGCAUAUCAAGUGAUAAAUUUGAAUACCUCUUUAAUUUCGAUAACACUUUUGAGAUUCAUGAUGACAGUGAGGUGCUGAAGAGAAUGGGAAUGUCCUUUGGGCUCGAGUCAGGCAAAUGCUCAGCUGAGGACCUAAGAACUGCAAAAUCACUGGUGCCCAAAGCUUUAGAAGGCUACAUCACAGAUAUGUCAUCAGGAUUUUCGUGGAUAAACCAAGGGUUACUUUCAAGUUCAGCACAACCAGGUUCACAUUUAGAGGUAGCAGGAGGCACUUCUGAUGCUAAAUCAAGUGAGAAUCUAGGGUUAUGUUUGGAUGCUGAAGUGGCCUUAGCAACUGGGCAGCUUCUUGCCCCGAGCAGUCAACAGUCCAGCAGUGCAACAUCACGCUACUCAGAAUCACGGGGAGAAACUCCAUGCUCAUUCAAUGAUGAGGAUGAAGAGGAUGAAGAUGACGAUUCUUCCUCCCCAGAAUAAGGACAGUAGAAAAUGAAAUAUACAAAAUGCUGCUCAAAUAUUCUUAAUGGGAGCUCCUGUUUGUAUUUCACUGAAGUUUCAGCCACAGCUGAAAUUGAAAACUUUUUGUACCCGAACACAGAGUGACAUGCAGACACAAAGUGAUGUGGGGUUGUCCCCUGGAGAUUUGGCGAAGUAAACAUCAAAUUCACAUUUUCCAUUUUGGGACAUACUUAAAUCUCUGUCUUUCUCUUAUCUUUACCAGAUGGAAAGGAAAACAGCAUCAGUCAACAAAUGUCAGUUCUCACAUUGUCUUUUGGCUGUGCUGCCUUUAGGAAAAGGGGGAGCGAGAGCACACACAGAUGUGCUGAAAUAGCUAUUUAAAACUAUCUGAUAUGAAAAUUGUUCUAGGGAAAGCGGGCUGUUAGAAUGUUUGCUUUUUUCUGUUCAACUUGCUGUAUAGAAGGUUCCUAAAGUAAUAUAAAUUGCGAUAAAAUGAAUCUUGAAAUAGUUUAAAUCCAUUUUAGAUACUCUAAAAUUAACAUUAGUAUGUCUCUUUUGAAAGGUUCUUAUGUUCAUUUAUACUGCAGACCUAAUUUAUUAUAAGUGAUUAUUCUUAGGCAUUAUUAAACAGUCAGGAUAAAAACAGCAGUAUUCUCUGCACCAGCUUUUUUCAAGGAAAAGAACUGUAUUAUAGUGUAUCCUGUAGAGCUUCUCCUUUACUGUUCUAACUUUAUAAUCCCUUUGAUUUUAUAGCACGUUGGGUUUUUUUAAAGAGGAUCUCAGGCAGCAUGUUUUCAAGGCAGUGUUUUCAAAUUCAGGAUGGGCGUGUCACAUAGCUGUUAAAGCUGUAUGUUGAGGUUCUUAGGAAAAAAAUUAAAUUUCAACAAUACAUCAUUUCUUGUUUUGCAUUCUAGUCAGCUUAGAUUAGGACAGACUGACUUUCUUACCAUUAACUUCUGUUGCACUCGCCUUUGAAAAUAUUAGUAUCAAAAUACUACUUCUCAAAAUAAUGUGUUAGCUCAGCUUACACAACAUGAAUCUCAUUUGAGCUGUUAAUUGAGAUUUGUAACAGGACACUUGCUGUUCUAAAGUUAACAUUGCAUCUAGCCAUCAAGACCUUAUUUUAAAAAAAGCUCCAGAAACAGAGCAGAAUACACUAUACAUGUACUUCUCCCAUGGUUUUCUAACAUCCAGUAUUUUAACUAGUCUUGAAGUUAACCAUUUUUAAUUAGGUUAAAAAUAGUGUUACUUCUUUUUAGUUUUUAUACUGUAUGUAAAUAGCUGACCUGUUUCUAAGUACCACUGUAUUAGCUGUCUGAGCUCAACGGGGUUGGGCUCUGUUAUUUAGUUAUGAGAUUAGGCAGCUUGUCAUACUGUUAUUUGCUUGAGCAAUGGCAGCAAACUGUUACCCCAGACUGCUGUGACCAGUACUCUUAGCACAACAUGGGCAUGUCCAUGUGAUUUUCCACAGACAAACAUGCACUCAAGCCAGCCGUACCCAAAAGCACCAAGCCUGAGCAAGUGGGGUAAAUGGAGGCUGCAGCUAAAAAGCUACCUAGCUGUCAGACAAAAGAGCUAACACAGGCCUAGCUACAUAAAGGACAGGUAAAACUGCGAGGGGCAGACAAGCACAACUGCAUGCUUACAAUAAAAAUUAAAGCAUCCAGAUAGAAACUUUUCACGGGUAGUCAAACUCCUGCAUUUGAGGUACAGUCUGGGUGGCACCAUUAAUUCGGUCUACCUCUUGACUGAGCAAGCAAAGCUGUCUAGCUUACACAGAUGAGUUGCAAACAUACAAACUAAAAGAAUUCUUACAUGCCUACCACAUUACUCUCUGGGCAAGACUGUUAAAGACUGUCCUGUGCUCAUGGCUCACAGGCAACACCAGACUAAGGGAUUUACACCACCUCACUUCAACCAAAUCUGUAACACUACCUCUAUAUGAAGAAAAGCUUUACAAACAAAAAAUAAUAUUCUUGCUGAGAGAGUCAAUGUGCUUAACUGAAGUGGCUCACUUUUGAAAUAAGAGAACGUAACAUACUCCAUGUACAUUACUAUGGAAUUGUCAGCCCCAUGAAUGAUAUUUCAUUUAAACAGAUAGAUAAUUGAUUUUAUUCUUGAAAACCCAUUGGUUUGUCAAAAACCGUCCUUUCAAUCAGCUUUCACUGAAGAGGGCAGACCAAAGAUACCCGACAGGAACUCUGUAAGAGGGAAACAUUUUCUGAAGUUAUUCCCACUCCCCCCCAUCAAUACAAUAGGGACACAUUUAACUUUAUGAUCUCUUCACGUUUCCCACUCAAGAUUUGUGUAAAAAGAAAAAAACAGCAAAACACUAAACAACUGCUAAAGAGGAGCACUUUGAACUGUAAGAACCUGGCAAAAAAGGCUUCCUGCCCACAAAUUGAAUGUGUUAUAUUAGCAGUCAGUGUGUUUUCUGCUUUAUAGGAGGAUCUUCAGUGAUAUCUUGCUUCCAUUGCUGUCCAUUCCCUUCACAGCAGCAGACUGCACAGCUGCUUGCUUUCUGGCAAACUUAAAAAAGAAACCUAAAGAAAUCUAGGAGCAUGCUACAUUUAUUUUGACAGUUGAACCAAGACUUUAAGUUAUUUUUCCUGAACUAGUUGAAUACAAAGGACAAAACAAGUUAGAACAUUUAGAAGAGACUUCAAAAGGAAAUUAUUUCCUUGGGAUUUGUUGUGCCAAGUUCCACUUGAGGAUGAAGUUCAACUACAGCACUGUGGUCUUGUGGUUACACUGAAGCCUGGGAACUAGAAUUUUGGGUCUUCUCCAGCUAUAUUCAUUUGUGUAUGAUCUUAGGGAAGUCCUUCAAUCAUUCUAGUUGAUCUUGGCUGAUAUAAAAAAAUAAAAAACCUAACCCACUCAGAAUACCACAGGUAACUGCAGGACCUCACAAAAUGAAGGUGUUGCAUCUGAAAUGAGCUCUGAGCAUUAUGAGUAACAAGGGGAUUGAGAAUAUUAAGUAACCACACAGCUCCCACCAAGUUAAUGGCAGGAGUUGUGCUCAAUUGCUUCAACAUGCCAGCCAUUCCUUCUUUCGAAAGCCAGCAGUGGAUAUUUUCCAGAGUAAAACAGUUAUUAGCAAGACUGGGCUUCCCAUUUUUUCCAUUCAGUUGCUAUCUUCUCCUGUUUUGUGCAAUACCCCUGACAUUCACUGAUAGGAAACAAGGAGCAAAUGGUACUAAAUGGUAUCUCAUAUAAGACGAGGUUAACAUUUAAAUUUUCAUACAAAUUCUGUUUAAUGUAAAUUUUAAGUGACAUGUUUUUGUGUCUUGAAACACUUUUUUGGUUAUACAUUCAGAAAGCACUUAGUUGCAAGCAAUAGAAUGCUACGUGUAAAUGCUCUUUUAUAUGUUGCAGUAAACAGCUUUAUUUCUGGGCUUACUUUAUGGUGCUUAAAAAAAAACAAACAACAAAAAACCCAACUAAAUUUGACUUGUCAGCACCACAAGCUAGAUGAAAAUAAUCCGGGUGGGAUACAGCAUUUUUCUAUUAUGGGGAAAUCUGACAUGUUUGUGCAUUCUGGUUUUUUUCAUUGUAUUAAAGUGUGCCAGUCUUUUCAUUUGAACACUGGAUUUGAGGGGAGCAAUCCACCUAUCUAUGAAAGUGUGUGUAUUUAAGUAAAGACUACAGCAAAUUACACUAGUUUAACUGAAGGUAUGAUUUUAACUAUAACUUCAUUAAACCUAGUACCAGCCACACUGUAGCUAUGUCCAUCUUGGUUAAGGGUUUUGUUUAGUUCUUUUAAACUAUAACUUGCAAAUACUCUGACUCCUUUUGAGCAGCUGGAAAUUUCUGAGUAUGUAGAAUACCCACAGAAAGACAUGUGCUGAUGAACUAGGUCAGCCUGAAGUAACAAUAUGUAAAAUGGCCUAAUCAAAUUUUUAUAUCCCGCCCUUUUUUUUCUUUUUUUUUUUUAAUAUUUAUUUUUUAAGAAAAACAAAGCCCUCAAGCUCAGACAUAAAACAAUGCUGGAAUACAGAAUUCCACACUGAAGGUUUCAAAUGUCAAGUGCUCUUUCUUCUGACUACAGCCACCAGUUUAAUUCAAGAGCAUUGUAGAAACUUAAUUACACUCAAACAUUGGGCAGUGCUCAUUUUUAUAAUUAACUGUCUCUUUUUAGCUGAAAAUAUUCCAGAUAGUUUAUUGAGAAGACUUACUUUCCUUUUAGUGAGUUGAAAGGUGUUUGAGUUUUGGAUUCAUUUAAAAACAAAGCAAUAACCACAGAGUAUAGUAUAUAGUAAACAAACCAAAACAAGUUAUCUCUUGACUGGCCCACCUAAUUUAUAUCUUUUCAUUACAAAAGUCUCUCAGGAAUAAAUAAGAUAGAAUGAAGCUGGGAAAAGACUAAAGGAGCUUUUUAAACUUUGGAUUUUGAAAAUUCUAGUUAUAGUCAAGACUUUGAGGUGGCAUCCUUCUGCUUACUACAAGCUGGCUUGAUUUUAAAUUAGGAAGUGCUGCAGGUCAGUUACUCCAAGGCCUGGCAUAUUUUAUAGCUGAAGGCAUCUCAACCUUCGGCACUGGGAAAUGGGUUCCUCUUGCAGUGUUACUGAUGAGCAAAGAAAGGGCCGAGGAUCCUUGUGCUGCUUAUUGAGGCUUGGGGUUUUAAAAUACGCCACUUCUUGAAUGUUUGACUAUGUCUGUAAGACACCAAGUCAUUUGUAACUUUUGAUUAUCACACACCUGCCCUUGCAAGCAUAUUAACAGCUCUAAAUACUCAGCUUUCUCCUGACAGCUGUUCACAUAACCUAAUCCUGACACCAUGAAACUUCCUGCAGCUCUCAUUCCUUAGACUUAACCAAGUUCUGUGAUCAGAUUAUCUCUUUCUUAUUUAGCUAUUACAGAAUUUAGCCUGGUGAGCGUUAAGAGACCGUGAGUAACUUUUUCCCUGGACCCAGGUAUAUUGCCAAAAAAUUCCCCACAACCAGCACUAUUUGUUUGUUCUCUCUGCUAAGUAUUAAGCAUUCUUUCAAGUCACUGUAGAGCUGCUCAUACCAAGUACUUCUUAUCUCAUUCAAUCUAAUUACUUGAGUUGGCAUCCCUGGUACCUAACCCAGCUGAUACAACUAGGUGAGGGAAUGUUCAUAAAAGCAGCCUGACAGUAACAACUGAAGGGGCUGUUUAUCGCAGCUGUCUAGAGAGUGCAUAUUCAUUCUACAUCUUUAAUACUCCUGCCUUGUCUGGCCUAUCACAAAGAUCAGCCAAAACCAAAAUUGUUUUUCCCCGUUUACAUCUUUUUGACAAUACUUAAAAAGCUAACAUUCAGAAUAUCCACCUAAGCUUAAGGACACCAAAAAUCCUAGCUCAAAACUGGGCACAAGAAAUACCUGAGAUCUAACCAUUCAAAUGGCAGGGGAAAGCUUCCCACUUAGGGAAUAUAUGGUGCAAAUUAAUAACUUAAUUUUUCCAUUUUCCAAAAAGCAAAGCAGGCUGACCUGGAUCAGUAUCUGUGGAGGGCCAUGAUAACUCCAAGCAGACACAGGAACUUCCCAGUAGCCCAGACUUGCCUCUCUUCUUAGUAUUUUGUAUGGGCUAGAAUAAGUGGCAACCACUUAAAUCUUCUGACUUCUCUAAAUGCCAAUCUUAAAUACUUGAUGCUUUCCAGGCAUAGGUGCUUUAGAUAUAUGAACAACAUGGGAUAGCAGGAUACAGCUGUGUAGAAAUUUAAUCUAAGUGUAGAUCUAAGUCAAAGUCAUCUAUGCAGAAGGUAUUUCUAAGACAAAACGAGUCUUUAACAAUGGUGUGGUUUUAGCCUAUUUGCAUUAUCCAGGCUGAGGAUAAUUAAUAACUUAAUAAUAAUAAUUAAUUCAAAUAAUAAAUUAAUCCCUAGCACUAUGGUUCUGUGCCUUCCAUGAAGCAGCAAUGGCAUACCUUUAAGAUCAAGGCAACCAAAGAGCCCUUCACAGUGGCACUCUUAAGUCACAUACAAUUAUUCUGUAUGGCCACAAAAAUCACUGACUAAAAAUGUUAAGUCCACAAAAUCAAUCUCCAGUUUUUUUGGUGGGUUUGUUAAAUCUCAAAUGUAACUUUUAACAAUGGGCAGAUUUGGUUGUACUAAUGUAGGCAUUAAGUGGAUCUAGAAUUUCCAUAGGAAAACACUGGCUGAAUCACAGCCCAUCAUACAAGUUUCUGGCACACUCCCUUGUCUCUAAAGCCAGACUGUGUAUAUGAAAAAUACUUCAGAGAAGUAUAUGCAAAUGUUACAAAACACUGCAUCUCACAAGCACCUACUGUGAAAAAGUAAUCCUACUUUGAGCAAGCCUGUAAGAACUAGGAUAUGAAAGAGUUCAUUCGCCCUCAUUCCUCAGGUCCUAAAUGCAAACAAUGCCCUGGGACCAAGGCACCAGCCUCUGUAUUUGCAUAUCCUAGUCUGCAUCAGGAGUAACAAGCCAGCAGGUACAGACACAGUUUUUAAAACAGUACAUGGCUGUUGGCACUUCUUACAUGAUCUGGCAACAGAUCAGUCCCUUGGCAGCAAGUUAACCCUGAUGUCAACCAGUAUUAAUGGAGCCACUGCAACAUGCAGUAUGUGAUAAAAAGGACAGGUCCACCUGUCCCCCUGUUACAGUAGCACUUUUUAAUACCUACUAUAAUCUGCAUUAAAGUAAGUUAGAGACACUCCCUUUUUAUGUUUAAAAUGCAGGAACCCCUUGAAAGUCCAUCAACUUAAGAAAAAAAAAAGAAAAAAAAUAUUAAGACUGAGGCCAGUCAUGGACAAAGCUAUUUUAUGACCUUCACUGCUGAGCUCAAAUGAGUGUUUGUAAACAUAGUGGAUGGGAAGAAGAGCAGCACUGACAAAUCCAAUUCCUGAGAAUGAUAACUGUAUGGGAUUUGAAAUUAAUUGAUUUUUUUUGAUCCACUCAUUUUACUCCUCCCCUAAAACAUGUAUUAGCAUCAAGUGUUACACAAACACUUUGGCAGGAACUUUUCCCCCUUUUCUUUCAGAAAGUCCAAGUUGCCCAUUCAUCUUUUAAACAAUUUGCUAGGUAUUUUUGAACUCUCCAUAGAUUUCUUUCUUUACCUUUAAAUUAUAAACUGAAGUUUUGGUUCUUGCAGAAAGACUGCGCUGAUUUUUAUUUUUUUUGUCCUGAUCAAAUACCAUCAAUUUCUACUACCAUAUUGGACAUGGCUAGGAGUAGUAUAAAAAAGAAUGCAGUAGUAUUAUAUGUGCUUUAAACACUGACAAAGCUAUAAAGAAAAAUGCAUACACAAAGUUUUACUUUCCUAAUAGGAACACUGGCAUUAGCAAAUAGUGUAUUUGAACCAGUAGGAAAUGUUACUUUGUAGUAGCAAACACUUUGUAAAUAAAAUCUUCUUAUUUUUUUUAAUGGAAAUUUUAUAGAAGAAGCUAUUUCUGUAUACUCAAAUUAUCCCAUGUUUACUGAAAAUGCUGCAAGUGGGAACAUUGCAAAAUGGGAGUGGGGAGCAGAUAUGCCUGACUGAAGCAAAAACUAAAUAUGCUUUGGAGAAAAACAUCCAGUUGUCUGUGAACAGGAACAUAAAGCUUAACUGUAGAGGAACUGAAUAAAAGAAUUUCAAGGCAACAUGA